CUUAUUUCGAAAGUUGUCAGCUUUUAGGGGAAAUUGCCCUAAUUUGUGUAGUUAGAGAGGCGCGACGACCUUUCGAGCUUCUUCCGAUGAAGACUGUCACCGGAAGAGUUGUUAGUGCUGAACCAAUCUCCCUCUCAAAGGCGGCUAAGCUUCUCUCUGGAUUCGCUUCCUCUGAUAAUGGCGCCUCUCAAGACGUUAGUGCGUACCUCCGGCGAGCCUCCGCUGCCUUCACUGAAUUAAAGAGUUUCCACAGGGAGAUUAAAUCAAAGGAGACGAAGCCAAGCUCCGAUAGGGAGACUAAAUCAACGGAGACGAAGCAAAGCUCCGAUGCAAAGAGUGAGCGGAAUGUCAUUGACGAAUUCGACGGUCGGAAGAUUCGUUACCGGAAUAGUGAAGCUGUGAGUGUGGAAUCAGUUUAUGGUAGGGAACGUGAUGAGAAAAAGAUGAAGAAGAGCAAAGACGCAGAUGUUGUUGAUGAGAAGGUGAACGAGAAGUUGGAAGCAGAGCAAAGGAGCGAAGAGCGAAGGGAGAGAAAGAAGGAGAAGAAGAAGAAGAAGAACAACAAAGACGAAGAUGUUGUUGAUGAGAAGGUGAAGGAGAAGUUAGAAGACGAGCAAAAGAGCGCAGAUAGAAAGGAGCGAAAGAAGAAGAAGAGCAAGAAGAACAACGACGAAGAUGUUGUUGAUGAGAAGGAGAAGUUAGAAGACGAGCAAAAGAGCGCAGAGAUAAAGGAGAAAAAGAAGAACAAAGACGAAGAUGUUGUUGAUGAGAAGGAGAAGGAGAAGUUGGAAGACGAGCAAAGGAGUGGAGAGAGAAAAAAGGAGAAGAAGAAGAAGAGGAAGAGUGAUGAAGAGAUCGUUUCAGAGGAGAGGAAGAGUAAGAAAAAGAGAAAGAGUGAUGAAGAGAUGGGUUCAGAGGAGAGGAAGAGCAAGAAAAAGAGGAAACUGAAGGAGAUUGAUGAUUGAAGUUGGUUAAUUCGGGGUUUUAGCUGAAGGUUUGAGAAAUUUUUGUAGUUGAAACUAAGAAAUCUUUCAAAUUUUUGGGUAUGUGUAGUUGAAGAUGUUACUUGGUGACAAUUAAGAUUGAGAAGGAUUUCAUAUUUGGAACUCUCUUGUUAAAGUUUUAUGGUAUUUGCAUUGAAGUUUUUGUUGUUUUGGUA